AGAAGUGAUCGAUGAUUCCACUCUCGUUGACGAUGGACCGACAUCUGAGCUCUUAGAUAUAUUAAAUGAAAGUCAGAUUGAACCGGAAUUUGGACCGGAUUUGCAUGUUAACGUGGCCAGUUCUUUUUCGAAUUUGGGAAAAACAGUGUUAUCUAAAGAGAAAAUCGAAGAAUUGAGGAAACCCUUUCUUACACCAGCUAAUUGCAAACUUCUCGGAGUUCCAAGGGUAAACCCAGAAAUUUGGACCGUAUUGCCUCAAAAAUCAAAGCAAGGAGAUUUCCAAUCCCAACAAAUGUUAACAAUCCUAUCGAGCUAAACUGUUGCAUUGGCUCAUUUAGCAGAAAAAGUGAUGUUGAAUUCGAAAAAGAUGCAAGCUGCAACAUUGAAUUCAAAAUUGAGCCAAGAUAUCAAUAUUAAGCGGAAGCAGGAUAUUAAGCCUGCAUGAAGCACUGAAAUUGUGGCAGUUUGUAACACGCCAUCAACACCUGAGCUGCUGUUUGGAGACAAUGUUUGUGACACCAUCAAAGCCGCUAGAGCAGCUGCCACUGUUAUCAGGACGCCCACAAACCGGAGAGGAUUUUCCCGUUUUUCAAACAGACCCCAAAAUACUUUCACUAAUUCCUCAAGAGGUACAUAUUUAAACUACAAUCGGGCCUCCUACAGCCGAGGGGGCCCGCGAUUCAAUCACAGACAAAACUUCACGCAAUUCAACCCAAGAGGAUCGAUGCUGCGACCUCAAUGGAGACCACCGAGUCGAUCGCAGUAAAUGUCGUGAAUCUCGCUUGGCUUCUGGCGUCCACUACGAUAUCAAUUGUUUCCUUGCAAAACAAUAUUUUUCAAGUAGAAGUAAUGCAGUAUGGAAAUACUUUAAUGGAUAAACUGUCCACUGAAAAAUUCAAUGAUGGAAACGCCUUGUCAUUUGCCAUUUUUCUCCUCUAUUUGAAUCCAGUACCGCAUGCUCUCGUGGCUGUACACACCCCAUGUGCCCCAAAUCUGAUAAGCUCAAUCGUACUAAAGUGUACAUCCAUCGCGGACAAUGAUGUUGGAACUAUCGGUUGGAAACUUCUCUUUGGCCUCUGGGAAGCAUACUUUAUGGGAAUUAUAUUUCUCUUGGCGUUUCUUACUUGGUCAUUCGUCUACCUCGGCGUGUCUCUGGGGGCUCAAAAGUGUGUCAAGAUGAGGCAACAAAGUAUCACAUUCAAAGCAGGAAUCCGGUCAUAUAUUGAAAUAAAAAGGAUGAUAGACCUGCUCAAUGACGCCCUGAGACCAUACCUCUCAGUUUUCCCCCUUCUCAUUGCAGCGAUAUGUUCACUCCUCCUGUUUGGAAGUAUACGACUUUGGGACGUGGACUUCAAAGCGAACACCGUGUUUCCAUUCUGCGCUCUCCGGUGUGGAUAUGAAACAUUUAGUCAGAUUAAAAUGGCUGCCACGCUGGAAACCAGUUCGAAAAAUGUUUUACACUUCUGGGAAUGCAAGACCUCAAAGAUGACUAAGUUUGAUAGGAGGGUGUUCAAAACCUGGAAUCGCAACAGGGUGACAUGCAAAGCUGGCAUAUUUUUUACCUUCACUGGCUGGAUAGUUGUAGUUUGUGUACAUAAUUUUAUGGUGCAGACACUCAAUUUAUUGGUCAGUUUCGAGUAAGAUGGAUAAUGUGAACAGAUCAAUCAGUGUAUACUUUAUAUGAUUGAUAAAUUACGUGCAUAUUUUAAAGCACGUCUCAUCCAGAUAAAAAUAUUUACAUAAUUUAAAUUUCUAGAGUUUUAUGACUCAAGAAAUUAUAAUUUUUCCCAAAAGGUGCGACAUGCAGAUCAUAUAUCAUCUACGUGCAUUUGUUUGAAGCAAGUGCAAUUCAAGUGUAUUGAUUGAUCAAAUAUGAGUACAUCGAGCAUGACACUAGAGGAAUGCAAAAUUUCUACGGUGAAACUUUGAGAUACAUAAUUUAGUAUUAUCUCAUGAGUAUGUACAUAUUUUAUGUUACGUGCAAAUUCAAUUUGAUAUUAAAUUGGAAGUAAAUAUUGAAAUGUAAAAAGGUUUCAUUGCGUAACUUACAUAAGCAUUCAUGUACUUGUUUCCAUUGUUGAAGUGUUGAUCUUGGACUUCAAGAAUGUAUGGUCCCUCAAUUCUUCCUGUAUUGUAUUGAUUUUAUUGGUGUACAAAAAGUCAAGUAAUCCACGAUAGCAACUUUCACAAUUUGUGAACUUACUCUACUUUUAGCUACUUCACUAAUUGGAUUUUCGAAGGCACAUAUUACAUUUUGGCUACAUAUGUAAAGUGACGUUUCCAGCAAACUAUAUCCACGUCUAUACAUACAAAAUGAGCAAAUCUAUAAUUUGUCAGUUUCCGUUGCGUACAUAUUUUAGUGUGAGUUUGUUCCUCCUGUCAUUUCAAGAGACACACUUUUAUGAAAUUCAUGAAAUUAUCUCUUAUCAAAUUCUAAAUAUAUCUCGAAUCGUGUCGCAUUGCCACUUGCACAUCGUCCACAAUUCCAUAUUAGUUAGCAACAUUUUCGACCAAAGAGAUAAUAUCGACAAGACGUAUACCAUUUUCUUGUACGACGUAUAUUUAUCCCCACAUAUGUCUCAUUCAUUUACGACUACCCUUGUUCCUCGGAUGAAUUGUGUCUUCAUAAUAUUUUCUAAUGCUCGAUCCCACUUAUCUCAUGACGACUUGGAGAAAUGGCUACAAUUUCCUUCUAACGAUAAGACUUCGCUACUUACGUACUUCGGAUACCUAACAAAGAGUUUUAACUCUCAAUGGAACAACUAUGUCAAAAGCGUUCACAUGGAGCAGUCUUACAUCGUGUACGUCACCAACGUUACUGUUGCCCAAUUACGUGAAGCCAUUAUUAAUUUGGACAAAUACAAGUGGAUAAGCGCAAUUACAACUCUCAACCAUAUUGGCGUUGUUCUCGUAUCUUCAAAAAAUUCAUCAUUUCACAUUUACUACUUGUGCCUCCGUUGCUCAACCACUAUUAUUUUGGACGAGUUGACGUCUCUUGAUCUUCUUCAGCCUCUCAAGUUUCAGAAAAUGUCAGUCAUUAUGUAUCCAGCCACCCGAUGGAAUUUAAGGGACGCUGGGAUAUUUCCACUAACUUCGGCGCAUUUAGGAAUUACUGAUUUAAUUCGAUACAGCUCAAUAAAUCCAUUUUCUCAGAAAAUAAAUCAAGAUAAUAAUAGUGGUACGGCGAACCUCAAUUUCCACAUGGCCCAUAUUCUCAGCAGUAUUUUCCUCUCUGCAAAUACUACAAUACAGCACAAUUGUGGCAUUGAUUUCAAACUAGCCAACGACUGUGUGAUCAAAUGGGGCCGACAAAUGUACCAAACUCCACAUUUUACACUAAUCCAAAACGUGUUAUCCUAUCAAGCCAUGAUUCAACACAGUGACAAAUAUCUCAUCCGUCAGGAAGGACUAACAUUUUUUACAUGUUAUAAAGAAACUAAUUUGAGUUUUCAAAUAUACGUGGCCCCAUUUCAGACCGAGUUAUGGGUUGCGAUUUUGAUCACGCUUGCUACUGUGUUAACAUUUGCAAACUUUGUCAUUAGAUUUUGCAUCACCGGUAGCGAAAUAGAAAAAAAUCGAAGCUCUUCUGUUGUAGCUCUAUUCCUUUGCGCUACACUUUUUGAAGAGUCGUACAUUUUCGAAAAAUCUAACAAGUCAAUUUGGACCAGUUCUACAUUACGAUUCGUAUUUACUUUAUGGCUACUUUUGUGUAUCUUACUGACGAAUACAUUUCUUGGGAUUUUCAUAAUGAAGUUGAGUUCACCACUUCCACCUCUGAAAAAAUACGAAUAUUUUAUAGAUCUACUAACUUACCCCCAACAUCACGAAACCGCUGAUCAAGGUCAACUUAUGAAGGAGUCCUUAAGGGUUUGGGAAAUCGGAGAUGCAUCAAUAGGAUUGAACUUUCAGAGUAAUAUUACCACACAGGCUUCAGAACAUUUUGUAUUCUUGACUCCACAAAUUAAAACGACUAGUCCUCGUCAUGUUGUUAAUUACAAGUUUUGGCAUACGAUUCACACUUUUCUUCUGGAUGUUGUCAACUACGUGGAUUUCGCUUCCCACAGGGGAUUUAGAAACUUGCUUGGGAUCAGUUUACACGUAAAAACGCAAAAAUUUCCUCCCUUCUCAAUCUCUACUUCUGAAUCAGUCUCACAAGAGUUUGCACUGGAAGAAUUAAUAACUCAAUGUCAUAAAAAGUAUGCGUACAUAGAAUAUGAAGGUAAAGUAAUGAAUGAGCUAGAAUAUUUAACAGAAUAUUAUCCAAGUAACGUGGUAGACUUUACUUUAGCGAAAGAAAGCAUUCUUUACGAAUACAUUUAUGCACUUUUUGAACAAUCUGUGUCAAAAGUACCCAAAAAUUUUGUCAAGAUUCUAGAAUCUGGAAUUUAUAAGAAAAUAUUACAGGCAAGGGAGAGUAAUUUUAGGAAAUUGAAUAAGGGCGUUGUGCGCACUAGGCAAAAUGUGAAAGAUUUGUUGGCCAAGAUUUUUAAAGAUGGUGACCAAGCCGUGAACGCCAUGGCAUUGUCGGGUAGUAUACAAACCGUUUUUAUUAUUUGGGGUGUCCUAUUAGCCGUAUCGUUUUUAUGGUCCCUUGUCGAGAUGUAUUUUAAAUAAGUCAUGUAGAGAGAAUUAAUGUGAGCAUAUAUGUAUGUAUUAUUAAGUAUAUGGCCAUUUUUAUUUAUUUAUUUUAGAAAUCCAAGUGUUAUUAUGAACAUUUAAAUCAAAUUAAUUCCUGAGCAAUAAAAACUUUGUUUUAGAUUAUGCAAUAUGUAUAGAUUAUGUCUGUAUGUGUACAUGCAAGAAUAGGAACUAUACAGAUAAAUAUGCAAAUAAUUUUUUUAACUCUUAAUUUGGUACUUUAAAUACUGUAUUCUAAUUGAAAUUGUGAAUGCAUAUUUAAUCGAAGUAACGAAAUAAUAAUAGAAAUAAAUAACGAUACGCUCCAUGAAUACAUAGUUCAAGA